AUGCAAGACAAGUGGUGGGAGGAAAAAGUCGAUGAAAUCCAAGACUUUGCCGAUUCCAACAAAUCAAAACAAUUCUUUAGCUCCAUCAAAGCGGUCUUUGGGCCCUCUAAAUCUGGUUUCACACCGUUGCUGGCCAGAGACGGCACCACACACAUCAAGGACAAGACUGGUAUCACCAACAGGUGGAGGGAGCAACAGCAACCUGAACUCACUGAACUGGAUGUAUCUUCUACCAUGGAUGAAAUUAGAAAAGCAAUAAAACAGAUGAGCUGUGGUAAAGCGCCCGGCAAGGAUGGAAUCCCAGCUGAAGUCUGCAAAGCGCUCAGCGACGAUGCUCUGUCUGCGUCUGCAUUUCACAGUGUGCUAGUCAGUAUUUGGGAGGAGGAAGAACUGCCUGCUGACCUCCGUGAUGCCACGAUAGUAGCUCUGUUAAACAAAAAGCAAAGGCCCAGGAGCUGA